AUGUAUUAGCAUAAGCAGGAGAUUUAUGGCAAAUCAUAAUUGCUGUAGCUUUGUUUCUCUAAAAACCUUUUAGUGAAUUAGAUUAUAAUAUAGAAAUCAUAAAUAAACUUUUCAAUUUUGAAUAAGAAUCACCUAAAAAAAAGAACAGAAAAUAAAUCAUCAAAUGAAGGUUCUAAUGAACCAAAACCUUCUAAAACACUUUGCCAAUUCAAAAUGAAAUAAAAAAUACAAUAUAAACUUUCCCUGAUACUAAAAUAAAAUCCUCAAUCAAAAAAGUUGUAUCGAAACGAUUCCCUUAAGGGAUAUAUUAAUCAGUUAUUGGCUCAAAAUCUAGUGGUUUCAUUGAACGAUUCAUAAAAUUGA